UGGCCGAUAAGGGCGAGCGGUCGCUCAGAAGCCCGCUCAGACUCCUCUUAACUGACCACCUUUCCAGUGGCCCCCGCCCUCCCGGGACUGGGGGGAAGGCUCGCGAGAUCGCCCUCGGCAGUCUCCGACGGCGCCAUCUUUGUGCCUGGCGAGCGACGGCGCCCGCUGGGAGACCCGAAGCCGGCAGUUCGCACGACAAGCUCUUGCUGAGAGCGGAUCCCGGAAAUACGAGGCGGGCCUCGGUGGGAGGGACGCACUGAGGGAGGAGGGAGGAAAGGGGGCGGUGGCGGCGGCUCUCACCGUAUCCGGGCUCCGCGCGGCGCACACCCGAGGGGGGGUCGGGCGGGGAAGCAGCGCCGGCCCGGACCCCCCGCGGGAACAGGCGGCGGGAGUGACUGAGAGGCGGCGGCUGCGGCUGUGGCUGCGGCUGCGGCGGACUAGGAGCAGCGGCUGCCCGGACAGUGUCUUCAGCCUUUUCUUCAAGAUUUUUUAUCAUGAAUUAUCACAUGUCAAACUGGACAACUUACCAUAGUUAAAGUUUCACCAGUUGACAAAUUGGAGACUUCCAGACUACUGAAAAGAAGGUGCUUUCAGAACUGGGGAUGUGAAUAAGACGCCUGUGCCGGGGCUCAUGAACCACCUUAAGAAAAUGACUGCGGUGUUGGAAGACCAUUGCUAUUGGAAAGCCGGUUAGCAUCCAUUUCCUAAGAGAAACUUGACCACCAUUUGCUCUGGCAUGGCGCAAAGCAGUCCACAGCUUGAUAUGCAGGUUCUCCUUGACCUCCGACAACGUUUCCCUGAGAUUCCAGAGGGUGUGGUGUCUCAAUGCAUGUUACAGAAUAACAACAAUCUUGAAGCCUGUUGCCGAGCCCUUUCCCAGGAGAGUAGCAAAUACUUAUAUAUGGAAUACCAUAGUCCAGAUGACAACAGAAUGAAUAGAAAUCGCCUUUUGCAUAUUAACCUGGGUAUCCAUUCUCCUAGUAGCUACCACCCAGGAGAUGGAGCACAACUUAAUGGUGGUCGAACACUGGUACAUAGCUCAAGUGAUGGACAUAUUGAUCCACAGCAUGCAGCAGGUAAACAAUUGAUAUGUUUAGUUCCGGAACCACACUCGGCUCCAGCUGUUGUGGCUGCUACUCCAAACUACAAUCCAUUUUUUAUGAAUGAACAGAACAGAAGUGCAGCUACUCCUCCUUCACAGCCACCUCAACAGCCAUCUUCGAUGCAAACAGGAAUGAGUCCAUCUGCUAUGCAAGGGCCUUCACCUCCUUCAUACAUGCACAUACCUCGGUAUAGUACAAAUCCAAUUACUGUUACAGUAUCCCAAAACCUCCCUUCUGGACAGACUGUACCAAGAGCUUUACAAAUUCUUCCACAAAUUCCAAGCAAUCUCUAUGGGUCUCCUGGUUCUAUUUAUAUUAGACAGACAUCUCAGAGUCCAUCAGGAAGACGAACUCCUCAGAGUACCCCAUGGCAGUCCUCACCACAGGGCCCAGUGUCUCAUUAUAGCCAACGUCCUCUACCUAUUUAUCCACAUCAACAGAACUAUCAACCUUCUCAGUAUUCUCCCAAACAACAACAGAUCCCUCAGCCUGCUUACCAUUCGCCACCUCCUUCUCAGUGUCCUUCACCCUUCAGCUCUCCACAACAUCAAGUGCAACCUUCACCGUUGGGCCACCCGAGUUCCCACGUCUUUAUGCCCCCUAGUCCUUCAACUACUCCACCUCAUCCAUAUCAACAAGGACCUUCUAGCUAUCACAAACAGGGAAACCAUUCAGUAGCUUAUCUCCCAUAUACAACAUCUAGCUUACCCAAAGGAUCCAUGAAGAAGAUAGAAAUUACAGUUGAACCCUCUCAAAGGAGUCCUUCACCUAUCAGUAAUCAGCAGUCUCCACGGAAUCAGCACUCGCUGUACACAGCCACCACUCCACCCUCAAGUUCUCCUUCAAGAGGGAUAUCCAGUCAACCAAAACCUCCAUUUAGUGUUAAUCCUGUGUAUAUUACAUAUACACAGCCAACUGGACCUUCAUGCGCUCCAUCACCAUCUCCUCGUGUAAUACCAAACCCAACUACAGUUUUUAAAAUUACCGUAGGCCGAGCAACGACUGAAAAUCUUUUAAAUUUAGUGGACCAAGAAGAACCUUCUGCAGCCCCAGAACCUAUUCAGCCCAUUUCAAUGAUACCAGGCUCUGGGGGAGAAAAGGGAAGCCAUAAAUACCACAGGAGUUCUAGUUCUGGAUCAGAUGACUAUGCCUAUACACAAGCCUUGCUGUUGCAUCAGCGAGCAAGGAUGGAGAGGUUAGCAAAGCAAUUGAAACUUGAGAAAGAGGAGUUAGAACGAUUGAAGGCUGAAGUUAACGGUAUGGAGCAUGACCUAAUGCAGAGACGGCUCAGAAGGGUCAGCUGCACCACUCCGAUUCCAACGCCUGAGGAAAUGACAAGAUUGAGAAGCAUGAACAGACAACUCCAGAUAAAUGUUGACUGUACACUGAAAGAAGUUGACCUCCUUCAAUCUAGAGGAAACUUUGAUCCAAAAGCCAUGAAUAAUUUUUAUGACCACAUACAACCUGGCCCAGUGGUACCACCCAAGCCAUCUAAAAAAGACUCAUCAGACCCUUGCACAGUUGAGAGGAAAGCCCGAAGAAUUAGUGUGACCUCCAAAGUACAGGCGGAUGUCCAUGACACCCAGGCAGCAGCUGCAGAGCAUCUACCUGGCUCCAAGCACAAUCCUCAGACACAGCCCCGAGAUGAAGACUAUGAAGGGGCCCCAUGGAAUUGUGACAGCUGUACGUUUCUGAACCACCCAGCACUAAAUCGCUGUGAGCAGUGUGAGAUGCCCCGAUACACCUGAGUUCAGAAGAGUCUGCACCAGGUUGACAGUGAAGCUGAGCGCCCAUUAGAAGGAAACUGCGGGGAUCUUCAUCUGUCCAGCCUUUUCAUUUCAGAUUCCAUAGGGGGCGGAGGAAUGCACUGUAGCUGCCUGUGCUCACUACAGGAAAAAUGGGGAAGGUUUUUUCCCUUCUUAACUCAUUACAGAGUGAGAGACAGAAAGGGAUACUUGAAACUGGGAAAGGAUUCUCUCCUGAAAGAAUGUACACAGAGAAGUCAAGAGCUCUUCUGUGGGAUCCAGUUGUUGAAGUUACUGCUGAGUGGCCCUUAUUUUAUAAACUAGAACUUGGAAUCAUAGUGUGACAUAUUACAGUUUAUGCAGACAAACUGUGAAUCCCCAUAGCAGACUUACCUGGUCACAGCUCUCUGAAAAACAAAGCGCCCCCCCCCCCCUUCCCCAUGCUUUUUCCCAUUGCUUCCUCCUGAAGAGGACAGGGAAAAGCACUUAGAAUAUGAUGGGCAGGGGUGGGGGGCAAAAUAAUAGGGUAUUUGUAAUUGCUGCUUUUUUUCAGGGGUAAUUUCCAACACACAAACAGGAUGUUUUAAAAUGUGAUUUGCAGUAGUCAGGAAUUAGGCAUAUUGUGCCCUUUGUCAAAAGUAUAAUCAUUGCUUGUGCAAUGAUUCAUCAAGCUAUAUCAACACUGGUAACCAAGACCUAAUUACGCCACAUAAUAGAUAUAUUUUUGAAGCUACUGCAUGCUUUUAUUAGGUCAUUGGUUUUAAAAAUAACAAACGAGUCCUUACGAAGUAUGAUUUUAUGAAUGACCUUCUCAUAAAACUGCUUUAUCAGUUGCACAAUGAAUGUAUGCCCAUUGUAAAUCCAUUCCAAAAUCCAUUUGGAAACCUUGAUCUCAGCUGUGGUUCUACAAGAUACAUUUGCAGUACAUAGGGCCUUUUCUACCCACUCCUUUCAGUUUUGUGAGGGAUUCAUGAUGUUUACAGCACAGAUAAUACUUUGUGCCAUAAUCCUAACUUAGCUGAAAAAAAUUAAUUUUAGUUCAAUAAAUAUUUUUUUUGCACAUACAUUCAUAAACCAGAGAGGGAAAUUACAGUGGGCUAAUAUAAAGUUGGGGAGGAAGAGAAGGGUAGUCAAAAAAAUAUGAUUAAGAAUAAGGUGAAUGAAAAGGACUUUGAAGCUAAGAACUUUUCAAAUUUAACAUACUAUAUUCAGAAAUAACACUGAGUUUGCUCCAAGUAGUUCAAGUGAUACUGAAGCACUCCUUAGUCUGAAACUAGAACUUUAGGGUGUGCACAACUGAAGAGAUGUAAAAUCAUGUGAUUCCCUAGAAUGCACCACUGGAAAAAUUUUAAUAAGACAUUCAAUUAAGGAUUCUACCAUCGUUGAGAAUUGGAUUUUGGAAUCUUCCCCUUAUUUGGGUAAAUAUAAACAGCAAUAAAAGUGAAAUAUUUUCUAAUCCUUAAGGAUUUUUCCUGGGGUUAUAAAUUUAGAAAUAUCCACCUUACACACACACACACACACACACACACACGCUUCAAGCUGUCAUUGCAUUCUAAUUUGGCAGUAAUCUCUGGCAGACCUGGAAAAAUAAGCUGCACUUAAUACCAUAAUGAAACCAAAGGCAUAACACAUCAUCAUAGUUUUCCAUCAAAAUCAUACUUUCACACUCUACGAAGUGUGGCUAUGUAAUAACACUGGUAAAACCUCUCUCAUACAACAACUGUGGCAAAACUGUGAAAACAAUGGUGAGAAAGCAGAUGGACUUAAAAGCAUUGACCUGAAAACAGCAUCCUUUAAAGCAGGGGUGGGCAAACUUUUUGACUCGAGGGCCACAAUGGGUUCUUAAACUGGACUCAGAAGAAGGAGCUGCGGCCGUGUUUCCCGACGUUGCCAUGUUAACACUGCUGCUGGUGAAGGAGCGGAGGGGAGAGCAAGAGAACCCUCCGCUCUUUCGGCUCCGCGGGCCGCAUCCCCGCGGGCCGUAGUUUGCCCACGGCUGCUUUAAAGGCUUUUGUAACAUGUAUCUGUCAGUCUCCAAUAACAGUCUAUCAGUCCUGUUCUGUAAUAUUCCAUCAUCUUUGCCUUUGUAUGGUUUCAUUAUCUCUUUAGUGAUAGUGGACCCCACUUGGCAUUUAGUAACAAUUUAGGGGGAAAUCUAUAUGAUGCUUGGUGUUCUAGCUAAAGGUUUACCAAUAUUCUUAGUGAUAUGCUCAAGUGGCAGCAGCUAACUUGGCAGUUGGCAGUUGAGAAUGAAAGUAGCAUGUAUGAAAACAGUUUGAUGCUUUAUUAAAACCAUGUAGAUGACUUUAAAACUAUUGCAUGAACAUACAUCCAGGUUACUAAGCUGCUGUCAUACAGUAGAUGCAUGGUUCCCAUCCUUUGGUGAUAUAUCUAGUCAAUCAUUGUUUUCACCUGCCAGGGAAAAUGAGAAACCAGUCUAUUUGAUAGGUAUAGAGGGUGGGGUAUGACACAUCAGAUUGAUUUUAACGAAGUGUUUUGUAUGUGUUCAUUUCUGAUUGUGCAUUAAGUUUCAUACACCAACAUAGGCUGUAUUCAGUUUUUAAAAUAAGCAAAAUCAUUGGAUACUGAUAAAUCUGAUACAUUCAACUGUGUCCCAUAUAUCCAUUACUUCUUGUCUGUGACCAGUUUGAAUAAGAAUUCAGUCAACUUUCAAGGUAAAGGAUCUCCUAGUUAGAUUGAUAUAUACAGACAAUUGGCAUAUAAAUGGUAGGAUACAAAUUGGAUGUUGCCUGCCUGCUGAUGGGUGCCUACGCUCUUUGGAUCAAUUGGUACACUUCUUGUUUCUAUUAAAAACUUUUUUUCUUAACACAGACCUAAUGACACAUUUUAUUAUUUUUGUUAAUCCUCAUCUGAGGAUAUUUUUUCCAUUGAUUUUUUUUUUCAGAGAGAGUGAAAGGGAGGGAGGGAGGGACAGAGGAUGGGGGGGAGGAACCAUCCAUGUGACAGAUACAUAUACAUGAAUGAUUGCCUCAUGCAGACACCCUCUCGGAGCUGAUGCUCUAGCCACCAUGUAACGCCAGCCAGGCCAGACACAUUUCAAAUAUUUCACUGUUUUAAAAACUGGGUUUUUGGAGAGCACAUUUACCAUUUUGUUAAAGUGCAUGGCCCCCUAAAUUUUGGAGUAAGUCCUAAAAGUUUAUAGAGGACCCAGAAACUUUCUAAUAAGCAUUGUAAAAAUGUUUCAAAUUGAUAAUGACCUUGUUUGGGAGAGGGUAGAAGCAGGGUUUUAAAGAAAUAAAUGCAUUGUAAAAGUAGUUUUUAGAGCAGACUAACGAUGGUGGGGGAAGUGUUGCUAAUUUGUUUAUUUCCCUGAAAGAAAUGGGGUGUGUGAUGAGCAGUUUAAUAAUUUUUAAGGAGCUGGUCUCAAUUUUAGUAUUUUAAUUAUUCCCUAAAAUUUUGUCAUUGCCUUGUCCCAGUUAUCUAAGGUUCAUACCCAGCUUUCUGUGGCAACUCAAGUUUUAUGUAGUAUUUUAAGAGAUAAUUGUAAUGUCUGAUGGUAUAAACAAAGAAUACAAGGUAUAGGAAGAUUGCUCUUUGAAAAUAUCAACAAUGUAUCCUGGAAUGUGAAGAUGUCCCUUUAUAGUUAAAACUGAUUUAUUUUAAUACUGUAGUCAUUGUUCAGACUUUGAAUGAGUUCAUGUUACAGUGUGUGUCUGUAUAUCUGUAGAGAAGGAAAAAUGAUCACUGAAAUGUUACUUUAAAAAAAUCACUAAAUUAGGCACUGUGUUGCACCACUACUGAAUCUUUCUGAGAGAAUUAACAGUGUUUUCUUACUGUAAAAUUUAAUUCUGAUGACGUUUUCACAUUCACCAGAAAUGCAUUUUUUCCUAUAUCAUGUGCAACCCCAGAUAUUUAAAAUUAGAUUUUGCAUGGCAUGGGCAUUCCGAAAUUAAUAGAAUGUCUCAAUUUUAAUUUUUAAAGCCAUGAAAAGUUACUUUGAGACUGAACAAUUCUGAAUUCUUAAUGAUACCCAAUGUCCAUGUUUUCCUACUAUAAAAGAAUUUAUCCAUUUCUUUAUUAAAACAGCAAGAACGUAUUAAAUCUUGUAAAUACCAUGACUCUUAGAUUUCUGUGUAUGCUGUGAAUCAAAUUAUUUUGAAGUGAAAUUGUACAAAGGCAAUUUAAAAGGCUAUGCAUGCAUUGUACCUCCAAACAAUACAUAUUCGGAAAGUCAAUGAUUCCUGCAAAAUAAAUCAAUAAACAAAAAGUAAACUUUA